GACGAUAAAUUAUUUUGGAGAAACAACAAUACAACAUUUCGGCAAAAAAAUCCUGAAAAUAAACGAAAAAUCACGCAGAAUUCAUUCAAAUCAAUAGUUUUUAUGAUCGCAAUUUUGUGUUAAAACUUGCAAAAACUCUCCAUGGAUAGAAAGACGUCAGUGGAAUGGCUCGACGGCAGCACAACGCCGAAACUCUCUCAGAAGCGCUUACAAACAGCGCGUAGCUUACGCAAAAUGAUGAGCAGCGACCUGCUUGGUCAGAGCGCUCGACCUGAUGAACAGCCAAAAAAAUCGACAGAAAAUUCACAGAGCGAGGACUCGCCCAGCACUAGACGGGUACACUUCGAUUUCGUUGGUAACGGCACGGAUCCGCGCACGCGUAACGAAAUGUUCGCGUUGACACACCAACUACUGGAGAACCGUAAAAACUGUUGCCUACAACGUUUCUGCAAUAAGCGUCUCUGUCCGCUCUUCUUUCUACACCAACUUGUGGUGCGCAAUGUCGAGCGACGCCUACAGCUGAUGCAGUGUAAACUCACCAAUAUCCACUUACGGUACUACGAUCUGCGCCAGCAUCCGAUCACCGGUCACUUCUUUCAUUUGUUGCGCAGCGACAUGAGUUUCAGCACUACGCAUCAACUGUUCAAGUGGCUGGACUCACAGUAUCGACGUCUCUUCGGCGUGGGUCAAUGGCAUGAGAUAAUCGAGAUCAAGUAUGAGUUCGAAGAUCAACGCUAUAUGAUCCAUAAGGUCGGCUUGGUUAUAAUGCAUUUGUAUCUGCACAAAUUGGAUGUGAAUUCGAAGCGUAGUCUGUGUCGUCUGCUGCGCACCCCAUUACCGCCAAUGAAGCGAGGCACCUUGAAACGUGGUGUUUCCGAUGAGCGUAACAUGCUGAUCAAUGACUGUAUUAGUGCGCAUUUCGGUGGCGGUGAGCCCUGGUGGAUACUCUUCGACGUCUCGCUUGAUAAAGGUCAGAUCACUGGUGAUAUGCUGAAGUUGGCACACUGCGCCUACAUGGGUAUGAAGGAGGAGCAUAAGAAGCUAACGACUACGCAUAAUGAUUCGAGUGAGACUGGUGAUCGUUUGAAAGGCGGCAGCGUGCCGAACAACCCUGCGGAGGCAAAGAAAUCGCCACAGAUGCGUUCAGCCCUUCAGCGCAAACUAUAUGCUUGGACCGAACGUUUCGAGAAGAGCUUCGAGCGUAUUUACAUGGCUUUGCAGCAGUAUUAUGAUUGCAAAUACGCCGAGGGCGUGGCACAGUUGUGUCAUAAUGUUUGCCAGAAGUCAAAUCAAACAGAUCGAAAGGAGUUGCCGGGCGAGCAUAAGCAGCCACAGUCUAGCAUGCAAUACUACUUCAAUCGGUACAAGUUGGCGCAGGUCUCGCUGGAGAAUCUGCUGCGUGAGCUGGAGUUUUGCGAAUACAAAAACAGUUUGGUGCCCUUUUUGCGUCGAAAGGCGAAGGAACUCAACGAUAAUGCCGCUAAAUAUAAGGUCUUGAAGUUGAAGUUGUGUAAGACACAAUUGGCGGACGCCAUCAAAGAUGAAAUACUGGCUGUGCGUAAUAAUUAAAGACAGAGCAAUCCUAUAUCAAAAAAAAAAAUGUGCUAAGCUGAAGAGAGAAACAUAAUAAUGC